AUGGGGACAGCCUUGGAAAGCGACGGCCGCUACUUCUCCGUGAGGGAGGAGAGCGACGUGGAGGACCUGCGCGACCGGCUGCUGCAGAAGGGCGUGACGUUCAGGUACCCCAAGGUUGAUAGUCUCACGGAGAACGAGAUCCUCGAGGACCCCUCUGAGACCGAAAAGAAAGAGUUCACAUCCGAGGGCCCAGUCGCCGGCGGCGUGCUGGCGGCAUUGGCGAUCGGCAUCGCGGACUCCGCGCUGGAGAUAGGUGGCGUGGCCCUCAUCACCGGCGGCGAGCUCGAGGGCCAGUCGCUGCUGGAGGGCAAGGAUAUUCCCCAGGUGAUCGCCGAAGACGCGGACCUUCUCAGCAAGGACAUCCGCUUCCUGGAGCGCGCGGCGCAGAACGCCGAGCGGGCGGUGGAGGCGGACCUGUCCUUCGCCAAGGACCUGGCGGAGAAGGAGGCGAGCGGCGCGGCGGCCUGGUUCGCCAGCGUCGGCGACUGGUGCCACAGGGUCGCCGACGGGCUCGUAGCCAACCACGCUCCUGGAGCCGGCGGUAUCAUCGAGGAUGCGUUCAUGCUCCUGCUGACAGGGGUGUCGCUCUAUUCGCUGUGGGAGAUGGCCUUCCUGAAGCGCAAAUCCAACUCUUUGGACGGCGCGGCGCACUUCGGGGUAGGCUGGCCCCUCGCUGCUGUCCUCCAGGACGGGGCGUUCCACACGGCCACGGGCGCCAUGCAGAUCGUCGUUGUCGUCUACGCCAUUCUCGAGGAGCGCUGCCUGCGGGAGGCGCCGGGUCCCGUCUGGGCGGUCGCCACCUUCAUCAUAUGCGCGGGGCUGGCGCCCUUGCCCGACCCGUCGCGGGCAGGGCGCAACCUCACCCGCGAGGGGAACGCGGGGCUCACCUCUCGUGCACUCUCGCAGUCCAGGAUGUCGGCCGCGGCCGUGCCCAGCCGCGGCGAUCGGGCCGCCCAGCCCGGGGCCACCGACGCGGGCGUCCUGCUGCAGACCGCAACGGCUUCGGCGGCAGGGCGAAGGGGGGGCAUCCUGGGGUCCGGGCUGUGCAUGGCCCUGGCGCUGCGUCCGCGACACGCCGCAGCCGGCGUGGUGGGCGCAGUGCUGCUCAGGCACGCCGACCUGGUGUAUCAGACCUUCCUGCAGCAGGCCGGGCUCUGGCAGGGUGCGGGCCACGCAGGUGCCGAGGCGGCCGCCCAGGCCGCCUACUCAGCCGCGGACGCGGCCAGCCUGGCCGCCGCAGCGGCGGCAGCGGCGGGCGAGGCCCUGACCAACUGGAGCGGGCCGCUGGAGGGCGUGAGCUGCCCACAGGCGCCAGCCUGCACCUGCUCGUGCCCGAAGGUGCCGGAGUGCCCACCCGAGGCGGACGGUGACGUGAAGGAGGGCUUGUGGCACCUGGCGGGAGGCGCGGUGGGCCACACCGUCCUGGUGCUGGGAGCUCCCCUGCGGGAGUCGCGCCCGACGGCCUCGGCUCCCCCGGGCGUGCCGCGCUGGCAGGGCCUGGCCGCCCUGCUCCUGGAGACAGGGCACGCCGCCGUGGAGGAGGAGUUCUGCAAUGAACUCCUCGUGGGGAGCUACGUGGCCGUGUUCUACACGGAAGAUGAUGUGUGGCAUGAGCGUCAAAUUUUGUUCCAGGUCGACGCCCAGCACUGGGUGGUGUACACCCCCGACGGCGACAUGUACAUAGAGAAUGUGAUGGCUGGGGAUCCCGACUCGGGUCCGUGCCGCGCGGCCAUCCUGCCUGCUGACGGCACCCUCCCGUUCUUCCUCAGGGGCAAGACCUACAGGUUCCGUGACUUCCCGGACGAGCAGCGGCUCCUCGACCUGAUCAAUGAGGGGUACCAGCUCGCCGUGUCCGAGGGCGGCGAGGUCGUGGGCCCGACGGCGUACACCGACGCCAUGGGGCAGAGGCAGCCGUUGGAGUUGCACGAGGGCAUCUACCGGCGUGCGCGCGGGCGCCCGCUACCAGCUCUGCCGCCUCCUCUUGAGCCCCCAGAGGGCGGAGACCUCCUCGUAGGGGGCACCCGCACUCCCGAGGUCCUCGACGCGGAUGUGGAGCUGGUGAACGAUGGAGGCCGCUGGGUGUCCCUCGUCACGAUCGGUUCCGUGCGCCGUGGCGACCCUGUGGAGCUCGAGACGGGAGACAAGGUGCUGGGCGAGCUGGCGCUCCACCGCAUGCCCAAUGGUGAGGUGAUCGCCGCGUGUCGUCCCGACUACCUGAGCAAAGUCGUGGAUGGAGGUUCGGCUGCCGACGGCGGCGACGCUCGAGUGCUCGCCCCCGUCUCCUAUGACCCAGGCGGGCGACGCUGGUGUGACUUUGCCAACGCUGUCAGCAAGAUGAGCACAGAGCCGAUGGAGGACUUCCCGCUUGAGGGCGAGAGGUCGGCGCUGUGGCUCUUCAAGUACGUUCGUGAUCACGGCGGCACGUUCGACGCCCGCCAGACCAAGUGGGCCACGGAGCAGAAGAUCGCCAUCGACUCCACCGCCUACCUUAUCCACGAUCUCGUGGGUCUGGCGCUGGAUCUCUCUGUGUGCUAUGACCAGUGCGAUGGCGGCAACCUGGCCAGUGUCGAGGUGCUGGCGCGGCUGUACCAGCUGGUGGAGGAGACCAACGGGACCCUCCAGCUGGAGGGCCUGGAGCACUACGUGGGCCGCGACCCCACAGGCGGCCUACGCCGCGGGGUCGCGCUCAACCCUGGGCUCGCGCACUAUGCGACCGACAAGAAGAGCAAGGAGACGGAGGUGAUGAAGCAGCGCCGCAAGGCUCGUGAGGAGUCGGCGGCGGCCAAGAAGGCCUCCAAGGGUGGCGGCAAGAAGGAUCAGGAGUGUUACACUGGUGGCUGCACUGCGCUGUCGCGGGGCACGGAGCAACGUGUUCGGCGGCGGCUCAAGGUCCAAGAGAGGACCGCCGAGACGAUUCGAGCCAUCAAUCGCCUGGCAGGUUUUGACACGCCCGAGGUGGAGUCCGUCGGGGAGCUGACCGGCCCCUCCGCCCUGGUCUACAGCGACGUGCGGGCGCUUCACGCGGCUCAUGCCCCCGAGCCGGUGAAUUCGAUCAGUCCGCAGGAAGCCUUUCAUGAGCUUCUCGGGGGCACGCCCUCGUCGUACAUGGAUGGCGACGAGGUCUCUCCAGUUCGGCCCUACUCGCGCGAGUUGGUGAGCUGGCCCAAGAGGGGCAACCGCCCGGCCCCGCUGCCGACGAACGCGCCACCGGACCUGCUCCGGUACAUGACAGAGGGCCAGCGAGAUGUGUGGCUGCGGCAGCCGCAGGAGGUGGCGCAGGUCCGGCAGGUUGAGGGCCUGCCGACGCUGUACGGCGACACAGUUUUGAAGGAGAAUCGCGACGCCUACAUCGGCUUCGUGAAGGAUGGCCUUGCUCGGGGGAUCUUCCGCCUGAGCCGCCGUCGGAAGGAAGCCGUCAAGGUCUUUUUCGUGAAGAAGAAGGACUCUAGCAUUCGGAUCGUUAUCGAUUGCCGACGGAGUAACCAACACUUUCGAGCCGCGCCGAAGGUCCACCUCUUCUCGGGCAGCAGCUUCGGGGAGGUCGAGGUCUCGGCGCACCAGCAGAUGUGGUACGCAGGGGGUGACGUUCAGAACGCCUUCUACCAGCACCAGUUGCCGUGCUGGCUGCAGCCCUACUUCGGCCUCGACUGCGUCCGGGCCUCGGAGCUGGGCGUUGCUGAGCUGGACGGCCAGGCCGUGCGGGGCGACCAGAUCCUGUACCCCCUGAUGAACGUGGUUCCGAUGGGGUGGAAGUGGGCCCUCUUCAUGGUGCAGCGGAUCCACGAGCAUGUUCUCGAUGGAGUUCCCGAGCCGGGGCCGCGGCGCCGAGCGGUCGACUUUCGGCCUCCGCCUCGAGUCGAGGACGGGGCGGUGCACACAGUGUAUGUGGAUAACGUGCUGAUCGAGGGGUUCGACCAAGCGGAGGUGGCACGACUCCGUGAGGCUGCAUGCGCCGCGCUGCAGCGGGCGGGCUACGCCACUCACGACGAGUCCGACGCUGCGGCGAGCAUGGAGAUGCUGGGCGUCGAGCAGACCGGCUGUCCAGGACGUGUGCAGGUGUCCGCGAAGCGCUACUGGCGGUUGUGGCAGGCGCUGGAGUGGAUCCGGCGCAGGCAGCCUCCUCUGAGCAGCCGUCAGCUUGAGCGUCUGAUUGGCCACUUCACUUUUGUGGCUCUCAUUCGGCGAGAGCUGCUUAGCACGUUGCGCGCCAGCUACGAUUUUUCCAGGGGUGAUUUUACCAAGCCCCGGAGCCUGUGGUCGGGCUAUCCGCUGACGGACAAGCGGCAGAAGACCGAGCCAGACGUGGAGAGCCUCCGUCGUGCCAACCAGCCUCCUCCUGGGCAUCCAAUCCUGGGCUUGCUGGAGGCCAAGAGCGCGAGCCUCGACAAGGAGCAGCAGCUGCGGGAGCGUCGUGCCGCACGUCGGCAGGACGUUCACGGGCCGCUCCGGGACACGACGAGGGGACCAGGCAUCACCGAGGAGGCCUCGCUGACGCAGAAGACACGAGAUCAGUAUCAACGACUACUUCACGAUUUUCAGGAGCGGCAGCAGAUGCAGGACCUGAGUGUGCAUCCCGCCAUCCUGGACGCGCAGAUCGUGAUAUACUUCGACAGACUUUUUCUGGAGGGAAAGGCCCCAUCAACGGGGGAGAAGCUCGUCGCGGCCAUCCAGUACGUAGUGCCGAGCUACAACGCCAAGGGCAUGAUGACCUUGCCGCGGGCGACCAGGGCCCUGCGCGGCUGGCGCCGUCUGGUGCCGCGCCGCACUCGGCGGCCCUUGCCCUGGGAGGUAGUGGCCGCCAUCGCGAUGGGGCUCCUCCGGGUCAACGGCCUGGGGAUGGCGCUCUGUUGGCUUCUCAUGGUGGACACAUACAUGCGACCGGGCGAGUGCCUCGACCUCCAGACAAGCCAGAUCCUACGAGGGAACGCACAACAGCACAUGGAGCGAGCUGCGAUCCCCCUGCAUCCCGCCGAGAAGGGAAUGCCCAGCAAGGUCGGGGCCGUCGACGAGAGUCUGAUCAUCAACCGGACCUGGCUCUCAGAUGCCCUGACCAAGUACGCAGCGAGCCGGCCCCAGCGGGGGCCCCUGUGGGACUUCACGCUCAAGGAGUUGAACGCCAGCUUCCUCGCCGCCUGCAUCCCCGCGGGCAUCAGCAGCCUGAAGCCGGUCCUCUACAUGGGCCGGCACUCGGGCGCCAGCCUGGACAGGCUGACCAACAGGCUGGACCUCGCCGAGGUGCAGCGUCGGGGCCGAUGGCGGACGGGAGCGUCGGUGCGACGCUACGAGAAGCGGGCGCUCGUGCAGGGGGUCUACAACGGGCUCGACCAGAGGUCCAAGGCCUACUGCAACAGGAGCGCCAGCGAGCUGGAGGCAGCGAUCGUUCGGGCCUGCGGCCACGUCAAGGGCAUCAGAGGUGCGCUUGCUGAGAUGAGGAUUGUUGGUGUAGACGAGGGGGUGAGUUUCUUGGACCAGCUGUCCGCACCUGCCACGGAGGAGCUUGCCGCGCGGUGUGAGUUCUUCCGGGGCCGUGGUGAGCGGUUGGCGGCCUCGCGCUUCUUUCACCUCCCAGACGGCUGGAUCUUCACGAGCUUCGUGAUGAUGUUUGGCACAGGGGUCCUCUCGUGGGCAUCAAGAGUCACAGUCCUGUGGGCGAUCGAGCUGCGUAGGGUAGCCAGCUGGAGGAAGAACCUCGCGAAAAACCCUCUCGUGGACGUGGCUGGCCCUCAAUAUUUCUCCCUCGGGGAGUGGCUGGAGGUCUGCAUUGUGUUCCUCGCCGCCCUGCUGCGGAGCUUCCACAAUGACUACUAUGGCAGUGACAAUUCCUUCCUGGAUGUCACUGGCGAGGAGGCGUGUGCCACUCUGGGCUGCGACACCUCCACCUUCGUCUCUUUCGACGAGCUCAACGGCUUCGCGGCGGUGUCCGUCGCCGCCAUGGAGCUUCUGAGCGAGGGCAUCCACGCGAUCGCUUGGUCCAUCGAGUACGAGUGGCUGUACUGGGUCGUCAUGCCCUUCUGGUUCUACAGCGUCAAGAAGCUCGCGGAGAGCUCCGAGUACAUCUUCGUGCUGCUGCCCGAGGGCACGCUGCCCGGAGACCUCCAGGAGAACGCGAAGAAGCGGCUGAAGGGCCUCAAGAAUGACACCCCCACGCUCGUGUACUCGAUCCUCAACUUCGCAGGCGCCGUCUUCGACAAUUUGUAUAUGGCCGUGUACACCUGGCGUGGCCCCGCCGGCUUCUGGGGGUGGUCUGCGCAGAACAUUCCAGCGGUCAACGACCACCUCCGCACGGGCCUCGUGAAGCCCGCCUUUGGCUCGCUGACGAUCUCUGUGCUGGCCGGGCGGGCGUUUAACAGAACGAGGAGCAGUUGA